AAAGUAACAUGAAAUUCGUUAUCCUUUUGGAAGCCCUCAAUCCCUCUGUGUCGUUGCUGGAAGAACACAGACUUUGCUGGAGCUAAUGUUCAAGAAGCUAGGGCACUGACCGCUCUAAACCCUAAAUCCCUACUAUCUUCUUGGAUUUCUGGAUUGAGUGUAUGGAGGUGAUUCUAGAGCAAAAGGAUGCAGGAGAUUGGACUUACAGGGGAGAAGGAGCUGCUAAUCUGGUUCUUGCUUAUACCGGCUCUUCCCCAACUUUUGUUGGCAAAGUAUUACGCAUACGAAAGGCUCCUAGGAACAGCACCGAAUGUGAAAAUAGCUGUCCAGCUCUUACCAUGCAUGAAUGCCUUCUAUGGAAAGAUGCAAACAGCCUUGUAUCAGCUCCUACAAGGGAGAUUGCAAAACAACUGUUUGUGCGGCAUGUAAUGUGCCCGUUAUUAGGUUCUGAAUAUGUUGAUGCUGGGAUUCGUGUCCUCGUGUCCAGAGAAUUUCUGGAGUCAAUUGAAAAUAAGGUUCUUGGUUACCGUCCUGCCUGUCGAGUUGAUGCUGCCAAGGUCAAUAUUUUUUGUGACUCCGCACUUCUUAUGUCUGAUCAUUCCAUUUUCCCCCAUGGUAGUCUUAAAGAAGAUCUCUGCAUAUCUGUUGAGAUAAAGCCCAAAUGUGGAUUUCUUCCAAUUUCAAGUUUCAUAGCAGAAGGGAAUGCUGUUAAAAAGAAUAUAUCACGUUUUAGAAUGCACCAGGCCCUGAAACUGCAACAAAAAGAGGUAUCAGACGCGAGUGAAUAUGAUCCUCUGGAUAUGUUCUCUCAAUCCAAGGACAGAGUACUUAAAGCAAUUAAUUCUCUCUUUGUUACCCCUCAGAACAAUUUUCGUGUAUUCUUGAAUGGUUACCUCAUAUUUGGGGGCUUGGGUGGUGGCGCAGACAGGACUAGUUGUAUGAUUAAUGAAGCAUUUGAAGAUGCACUCAAAUGUGUCAUUCGGGCAGAUGAUGGACUGCGUACAACAAAUUUUCUGCAGCUUGUUGCUGAGGCAGUUUUUAAAUCAAGUUUACUUGAUCGGCUCCUUGAAGCCCAGAGGCUUGAUAUUUUCGACAUAGAAGGAGUGAUUCAUGCGUAUUAUGACAUUGUUUCUCAGCCUUGUAUGGUAUGUAGGGAUAUGUGUGACAAGAAACAGCCAGACAGAUAUACGUCUUUGCAUUCCAUUCCUUUGGAAGAAAGCUUAAAGAUUGUGAGGGACUAUUUGAUAGCUGCAACUGCAAAGGACUUGAGUAUGAUGAUCUGUUUUAGACCCAGACAGGAUGGGGAUUUGGGGUCUGCAAAUAGUGUUGUAUUUCUAGAAUCAACCAGUCAAAGUUUUGAUUACAAGGCAUCUUUCCUUGAUCUGGAUAUGAAACCUUUAAAGAAGAUGGAACAAUAUUAUAAGUUAGACCAGCAGAUAGUCAGAUGCUACACUCAGAUGUUGAAAUCUAAGCAUCAACCAGAAAAAGAGGCUGCGACAAUUGAGGCUUAUACUGCCAUAUACUGAGACUAAGCCAUAAUCAUUGAAGAUAGUUCUCCCACUGGAGAUUAUGCUGGUGAAUUGAUUUAUUUUAGACAAUAUUUGUGGGUGAAGAUGGGCAGCAUCCAACUUUGCUAAGAAAUAAAUGGAGCAUCUUCCCUCUCUUCUCUAUGCGUAACUUCGUUUCAGUCAAGAGCUAGAACAAAUGAGAGAAUUCUUAUAUGAAGUUUGGGCUCAGAGAACCUGGUGCUGGGCAGGGCAGGGCAAAAUGAGCUUUCAAUUGUUUUUUUCAUUUAUUGUAGCACAAGUUCUGCUUGUUGAUUUUUAUGGAAAACUGGUUAGGUUUUCUUCAUUCUUCAUAUUUUCCUUUGAUAUUCCUUUGGUUGUGCAAGCCUGCCAUCUGAAUCAACUAUGACUCUUUGAAACUGAGUUAUCAGGACAAACAGGCAAUCGGCCCAUUUCGAUGGCCGGGUCACUAAUUAACUGGUUUAUGAGUUUAUUGGACUAA